UGAAAGAGAGAGAGAAGGAAGGGAAGUAGAAAUGCAUAGCUACAGGUGGUGUGGUUCUAUGCCCUCAACCGCCACAGCCACAACCGCAACCACCAUGAUUCGUCGGUUGUGCUGUUUGCAGAGCGUCUCUCCUUUCCUCCCUUUCUCUUCUGCUUCCACCACCACCAAGAAGCCCCUUGUCUUCUUGGGCGCACCUCAGGUCUCCGCCAUAGUCCUUGACAAGCUUCUCAACGCCUCUGCUUCUCCACAUUCUUUAUUCGAGGUUGCGGCCAUCGUGACUCAGCCACCUGCUAGAAGGGACAGAGGCAAGAAGCUCGCCCUCUCUCCCUUGGCCACUCAUGCUCUUGACAGGGGCUUCUCCCCCGAUCUCAUUUUCACUCCCGAUAAAGCUGGAGACGAUGCUUUUUUGUCAAAUUUAAAAGCUUUGCAACCUCACCUGUGCAUUACAGCUGCCUAUGGCAAUAUAUUACCUACCAAGUUUCUAGAUAUUCCUUCAUUGGGAACAGUCAACAUUCACCCUAGCCUGCUGCCAUUGUAUCGUGGCGCUGCUCCUGUUCAAAGGGCAUUGCAGGAUGGUGUUAAAGAAACUGGAGUGUCAUUAGCAUUCACCGUUCGUGCUCUCGAUGCUGGACCUAUCAUUGCUACUGAAACAAUUCAAGUUGAUGAUCAAAUAAAGGCACCUGAUUUGCUUGAGCUCCUCUUUCAUAAAGGAUCUGAACUUUUGAUUAGGGAACUUCCAUCUAUACUUGAUGGAUCAGCAAGAUUAAAGGCCCAACCUCAGGAUGAUUCUAAGGCUACAUUGGCUCCUAAGAUAAACUCAGAUGAAUCAUGGCUAUCCUUUGAUGAAGAAGCAUAUGUUCUACACAAUAAGGUUCGUGCCUUUUCAGGGUGGCCAGGAACUCGAGCAAGAGUGUUAGUGGUUGAGAAAAAUGAUGAUGUUGCAUUUGUUGACGGUGCGUUGUUAUUUCCAUGUGGAAGGGGUACCACAAUUGAGGUAUUGGAAGUUCAGCUUCCUGGAAAAAAGACAGUAAAUGCAGCUGCUUUCUGGAAUGGACUGCGUGGGCAGAAGCUGAAGAAAUUAUGAGGGUGGUUUAUCAAACAACAAGGGAUAUGUUAAAAAUCUUGUUUAUUCUGGCUCAAAAGAGGCAAUGGUUUAUUGAGCAGGGUUUUUGUGAACAUUGAAAUUAACAAAUUUAUUGCAUGUUGAUGCAGAUUAGAAUUUGUUUGAGAUGGAUGCUGCUUGCGGGAUUGCCGGAUUCAAGACCGAUAGUGCUUUGAACUUUGGAUGGUUUUUCUUGUUUUACCUGUGUUGUGUUUGUGUGGAAUUGGAAUUUGUGUCCCCUGAGAAUGUUGCAAAAGUAGAAAAAUUAGAGUUCUAGGCACAACAAAGCACGAAAGAGAGAAAGAGUUCGAAGACUCUCCAGAAGCUAGAGAGAGAAGCAGAGCAGCUUUCUGCAUAGCGACGCUGCCAUGGUCGUGUUUGGAGGAAAAGAGAGAGGAUCGAGUGAGGGCUUCGUCGGAGCUUAGCAGAGAUUGAGAAAAUAUUUGAAUUUGCAAUCAAUGGCUCGGAUGAAGAAAAGAUAUCUGCUGCUACCAUUCUUUGUGGGGCAUCUUUAGUACGUGGUUGGAA